GUGUCUUGAUAUUUUGUAGCAUUCCGAUGCUUAACUCCAAUCUUCAUUAUUGAAAGUAUUUUACUCACGCGACGAGAUUGCUGGUAGAAGCACAGAAUAACUUCUGGUCGUCAACCAUAUUACCUCAUGGCAGAGAAAAUAAUAUUGGUCAACGGCUGUUUCUUCACGCCGACAAGCGAUUCAGAAGAUGAUCCUCGGUUCUGUGAUUGCAUGGUAAUUGAGGACUCAAAAAUCAUCCAUGUUGGGAAGGAGUCAGACGGCGCCGUGCAUUCGGCGUGGCAGAAAGGCGCCGAGAUCAUAAACCUGGAAGAUCGUGUUGUCGUUCCUGGAUUUAUCGAUAGCCACGUUCACCUGUUUGAUUUCGGCUUGUCUUUGCAAAAGCUAGACAUAUCGACAUGCGAGUCCCUCGAACAGAUUCGGCAAGCCGUUUCCACGUACGCUAAGCUUCAUCCCGAGCUUCCGCGACUCCUCUGUAGAGGUUGGCGUCAACACACUACGGAUGGAUUAGCUCUCGCUAGCAUGUUGGAUGAUAUAGAUCCUCGGCCUACAUUCAUCGAGGCAUUAGAUUGUCACUCCAGUUGGUGCAAUACCGCCGCUUUAAAUGAGCUUCCCAUUGACAAGAUCAAGAAAGCCUGUGGAGAUAACGUUACUUGUGAUUCCAACGGGAAGCCCACCGGCCUGCUCGCGGAAAUUGCUCAAUUUGGAUUUGUAAUGCCUCACAUCGCGACCACGUACCCCAGCGAAGCGAAGCACACGGCUGUAAAGAAAGGCCUCGAAGCUUAUACAAAAGCAGGCUACACAGGGGUCAUUGAUAUGGCGAUGGAUGCCAACUCUUGGGCUGCGUUUGAACUGUACCGCGAUACAUAUGGCCUCCCAAUGCACAUCAGUGCGCAUUGGUUUAUCCAUUAUGAAGAGGACGAAAAACUUCUACUUCAACAUGUGGACGAGGCUAUCGCAAUGCACAACAAAUACCAUCCAUCCAAGUCGCCCGAUUUAUGUGUGCUUGGGGUCAAGCUUAUCUGCGAUGGGGUGAUAGAUGGUUGUACAGCAGCUCUAAGCCACCCCUACAGUGAAGGGGAGAAACUCGUCGACCCUAUAUGGCCUAAGCACGCGAUUGAGCUAGUCGUCAAGAAAGCCAUAGAUGCGGGCCUUCAAUGCGCUAUCCAUGCCAUCGGAGAUGUCACUAUAACUCAUGCGAUAGAUGCGAUCGCAAACGCAAAGUCUCCUAACGGGCGGCAUCGAAUCGAACAUCUUGAACUCGCCUCGGAAGAGGACGCCAAGCGUCUCGGACAACUAGGCAUCACCGCAUCGAUCCAGCCAGUCCACAGCGAUCCCGUGAUCUCGGGGGCCUUCCCCAAGCACUUGCAAGAAUAUUUGCAAAAACGUAUUUUCCCAUAUCGUGAAUUUCUCGAUGGCGGAGCAAAUGUGGCUAUCGGAACAGAUGCGCCGACGGCAAGGCACUAUGCACUGCCCAAUUUGUACAACGCCACUACGAGAAAAUCUGCCUUGGAGCCUUCGCUACCCGUCAGCCCCAAUGCACAUAAUGUGCUCACUUUAUCGCAGGCUGUCACGGCAGCAACAUAUGGAGCAGCCUACUCGCGAUUUGCGGAGACUUGGACUGGGUCGUUGAAACGAGGUCUGCGGGCGGAUUUCGUGGUACUUGAUACAGCGUGGACACUCGAAUCCCUUUUGGAAGCAAAGGUGUAUCAGACCUGGGCUGGAGGAAAUAAGUUGUAUCAGGCCAAUUAUAAAUAGUGUAGUUGUAGUAUGAUAGAUAGAUGAUGGUUGCAUAGGUGAAGGACACGUGAUCUACUUAGUCAUUAUAAUUCCCUUUAAGUAGGUUACCUUCUUGCCUACUCAGGUAGAUAGACCUUUCUUCCUUAGACACCAAAAUAUACAUCGUCUCGCCCCCAUUACUUUGCUUUACUUGUUAUAUUGUUUUCAUUUACGUACGUACCUACCAACAAUAGAUGUAUGAUUCAUCCUGUUUUCCUUCAUUUUGUACCUGGUACCGUAUGUCAUGGCACGACUAAUAGAGCCGUAUUUAAUGGCUGUUUAGCAUGUGGUGUCCCGCAGUUACAGCGACUUAAACGAUCGAAGUUGCGAUCGUAGGGUGGAAGUUUGGUGCUGUAAAAUAUAUGUACAACGCGA